AUGCAGAAGGACGGCAUUUUUUCAGGUUUUUUUGAAACCAGCUUCAGUUUUGUAACAUCAGGAAUACCAAUGAACAAUCAGCAAUCUACUCCUAGUGAAUGCAAAAUCAUAUUGAUCAUUUUUGAUUUUAGUUCAGAAAUGAAAACAAUUGAAGAUAUCUGCGGCAAUUUUGAGCUCGCUACAUUUCCGCCUGGCCAUUUCUGGACACCAAGCACUGGCUUUGUGCGCUACUACGCAGUGAGUGAUAUUUUCGAUUAA